GUGGGGGAGGGGAAAGGCGGCGCGAGUGGUUGUGUUCGGCAGACACGUUUGAAGCAACCGGCAACCGGCAACCGGCAACCUUGCUCGGUCAGCCCAACCGACAGCCAUAAUGGCGACCCGGACUAUGCAGGCAGCACGAUGUCCAACAGACGAAUUGUCAUUGACCAAUUGUGCUGUUGUGAAUGAAAAGGAUUUCCAGACAGGCCAUCACGUGCUUGUGAAAACUAGUCCGAACCACACAUUCGUCUUCACGGUGAGAAGUCAUGCCACUGUGCUUCCGGGGAGCAUUGCCUUCAGUCUGCCACAGAGAAAAUGGGUGGGUCUGUCCAUUGGCCAGGAGGUGGAAGUAUCAUCCUAUGCCUUUGACAAAACAAAACAGUGUAUUGGAACCAUGACAAUUGAGAUUGAUUUCCUACAGAAAAAGAGCGUGGAUUCAAACCCAUAUGACACUGAUAAGAUGGCAGCGGAGUUCAUUCAGCAGUUCAACAGCCAGGCGUUUUCCACAGGCCAGCAGCUUGUGUUCAGUUUUAAUGACAAGCUUUUUGGAUUACUGGUGAAGGAUAUUGAAGCUAUGGACCCCAGCAUUCUGAAGGGAGAGCAAGCCUCUGGCAAAAGGCAGAAGAUUGAACUUGGACUGGCCAUAGCCAAUUCCCAGGUUAUAUUUGAAAAGUCUGAUAGUUCGUCUCUAACUCUUAUCGGUAAAUCUAAAACCAAACAAGGAAGACAAUCCAUCAUUAACCCAGACUGGAACUUUGAGAAAAUGGGAAUUGGUGGCCUUGACAAAGAAUUUUCUGAUAUUUUCCGCCGAGCGUUUGCUUCAAGAGUGUUCCCGGUAGAUCUUGUGGAACAGAUGGGUUGUAAACACGUGAAAGGUAUUCUGCUCUACGGCCCACCAGGAUGUGGGAAAACCUUAAUGGCCCGGCAAAUUGGGAAAAUGUUGAAUGCUCGAGAACCAAAAGUUGUGAAUGGCCCUGAAAUCCUCAACAAAUAUGUGGGUGAAUCUGAAGCAAACAUCCGUAAACUCUUUGCGGAUGCAGAGGAAGAGCAGAGGAGGCUUGGGGCAAACAGCGGCCUACACAUCAUCAUAUUUGAUGAAAUAGAUGCCAUUUGCAAGCAAAGAGGGACCAUGGCAGGUAGCACGGGUGUGCAUGACACAGUUGUCAAUCAGCUGCUUUCCAAAAUAGAUGGAGUGGAACAACUGAAUAACAUCCUUGUUAUAGGCAUGACAAACCGACCAGACUUGAUUGAUGAAGCUCUCCUUCGACCUGGCCGAUUGGAAGUCAAAAUGGAAAUUGGCUUGCCAGAUGAGAAGGGGAGGGUGCAAAUUCUGAAUAUUCAUACAGCAAGAAUGCGAGAGCACAAUCUGCUGAGUGAUGAUGUCGACGUUCUUGAACUCGCCCAAGAGACAAAGAAUUUCAGUGGUGCUGAGCUGGAGGGGCUAGUGAGAGCUGCUCAGUCAACAGCAAUGAACCGACAUAUAAAGGCAGCGACCAAAGUGGAAGUUGACAUGGAAAAAGCUGAGAAACUGCAAGUCAUGAGGGGGGACUUCUUAACAUCUCUGGAGAAUGAUAUAAAACCUGCUUUUGGCAUAAACCAGGAAGAUUAUGACAGCUACAUCAUGAAUGGAAUCAUUGUGUGGGGCGAUCCGGUCACACGGGCCCUCGAUGAUGGAGAAUUGCUUGUCCAGCAGACCAAGAAUAGUGAUCGUACCCCACUGGUCAGUGUUUUAUUGGAAGGACCUCCAAACAGUGGCAAGACUGCAUUGGCUGCAAAAAUUGCAGAGAAGUCUGGAUUCCCAUUCAUUAAGAUCUGCUCGCCUGAUAAGAUGAUUGGAUUCUCUGAAACAGCGAAAUGCCAAGCCAUUAAAAAGAUCUUUGAGGAUGCAUACAAGUCUCAACUGAGCUGUGUUGUGGUUGAUGACAUUGAGCGACUGCUAGAUUAUGUUCCAAUUGGCCCACGCUUUUCAAACCUGGUACUUCAAGCUCUGUUGGUCUUGUUGAAGAAGUCAUCUCCUCAUGGUCGUAAGUUGUUAAUCAUUGGGACCACCAGCCGUAAAGAUGUUCUCCAGGAGAUGGAGAUGAUGGACGUUUUCAGUACCAGCAUCCAUAUUCCAAACAUAAGCACAGGGCAGCAGUUAAUGGAAGCUUUAGAGCUUCUUGGCAGGUUUGAUGAUCGGGAACGAGCAAGAAUCACGCAGCAUGUGAAGGGGAAGUCUGUGUGGAUUGGUAUUAAAAAAUUGAUGAUGAUAAUUGAGAUGUCAUUGCAGAUGGGUCCUGAACAUCGCGUGAACAAGUUUCUAGCACUGCUAAAAGAAGAAGGAAGUGAUCCUCAUCGCCGGAGUAAUUGGGAUUAGAAACAGGAAUUACAGUUUUGAUGGGCAUUGUGAAUUGGUGCCAACAAAUGAAGCACUAACUUGACCAUUUAACUUGGAAAAAUGAAUCUUCAGUCUAAAAUUUAGCAUCUUGCAUGUUCCUUGCAAAGUCAAUUCUCUUACAUGUCUUAAAUUAAAAAGACAUCUGCAUUCUUGGUUUCAUUAGGCUUUAAUAUGGAAAAUUUACUAAAUUCAUUACAGGGAUAUUUUCAUUUGUCAGUAUCCAGAGCUCUUUCAGUCACCUUCCUUCUUGCCUCCCCCCAAUUCCCUCAAAUAAAAUCCAGUGUUAUACAUUAAAUUUCAUGGAUGUAGGGGCUGAGUGGCUCAGAGAUGAAGUUAAAAAUCCUAGCCAGUGUCAUUGUUUUGGAACCCUAGAAUGUGUUGGAUUAGUUCUGUCCGAAGAAUCCAAUAAUAAAUUGCUCUGUAAGAACUGAAGAUAGUGGAAAUUUUGCAGCAGGAUUUUGCACAUACUGUCACACAUGUAAAUGAAGAUUAGUUGCAUUUGGGGUAUGCUGCAACUGAGCAAGUCUUGUCUUGGCAUUACAGGGACCACUUGAACUUCAUUUGAUUGUCACUUUUGAAUUUUCUUUGGGUGACAUCUACACUUGGUGCAGGUCAGGUUUUUUGAGUUUUAUGCAUUUUAAAUACUGACGCUUGUAUGGCUUCUUGUGCUAUGCAAGUAUUUACUGAGUCUCCCGUUUAUGUGUGUCAAAAAUCUAAAUCUCUGCACCAUAUUGACUUAAAAAAAAAAAUUACAGUUGAAUCUUUCUCUUGGAUGAAUUAUUUUAAUGUACAAUAUAUAUCAAAGUCUGUGCUUGUGCUACAUAAGUUUCUUUUAUACUUUGUUGAAUUGCAGUAAGUCAGCAUUUUCUUCUGCCUCUGAGUACUGUCAGACAUGUUCCUUAUUUUCAGCUGUCUUUUUCUCUACCUAAUCCUGCUCUUCAGUGGGAUCACUGGUUUAAAAAAUUAAGUUUGUACAAAUCGUAGUCCUAGCAGAAAUGCUCAUAUUUUCUAGCCACUUACUCUUAAAGCUCCUGUGGAUAGGAGAGAAUCGUAGGAAAUUACGACUGGUAUAACCUAAGAAAUGUACUGAUCACUGUCUAAUUUUAUUUUGGGUCCCUGUGAAUUAUGGAGCUGAUGUGAUGUAAAAAUGGUUCAUGGCUCUUCUUGAUGAUCAUCUAUAAUAGUGUUACAAGAAUGUUCUCCUUACAGCAGAGAAGCCAAAUAGAUUUCAGUUAUGAAAGGUUUGGAUAGUGUAAGAGAAAGUGUUUUAAAAUGUAUGUAGGGUUAAUAAGAGCAUACAGAAAUCUGAAUGGUAAGAGACUGAAAAGUGAUAUGAGGAAAGCCAUAUUUCUGCCAGGAGUAGUUAAGAUUUGAAAGGCACGAUGUGAUGUGGGUACAGAUUAAUUAGUAGCCAGUAGGAACUGAAUAGUUGGUAAUCACUUCUUGUGCAUUUUAAGUACCUUACUUUGAGAUGUUUUUAAGCUGAAUAACUAUAUGCAUGGAUUCUGAAAUGGCCGACCAAGCUUGAAAAGGCUGUAUUCUCUAUAAAAUCCCUCAUAAAUGACACCAGGUAAACAACGAGGUAAUGUAAGAGCUUCUCCUGCAACCUGAUACCAUAGGCCGGAUGAGACUGUAAUUGGAACGAUAAAUUGCUGAUAGCUGGAAUUUUUUUGGCAAAUUAAGAUUUAACUGGGAUUAACUAUAAAGAUAUAAUAUGAAUACUGUAGAAAUGUACCUCUCCUUUUCAUCUAUUCCGAUGUGCAACAUGGAAAGUCCACUGUUUUUCUUUGUAUAUCCAAGAAUGGCCGCUGUCACACUUGGAUGAACUGAUGUCCACUCGGAAUUCAUCAGUACCAGAUAGUCAGGGAUCCAACGAACAAAUGAAGUAUGGUGAUGGAAGUGAAAAUGAAACAGUAUUCAGAAAUAACAGAUGAAAUGGUUUGUGUUAUACAUAUCCUGUGUAUUUAUAAUGGGCUAGCUUUGUUAUAUGGAAAAAGGGAGCAUUGACUGACUUGAUUGAAUCCACACUGACAUUGCUGAGAAGCAGUGUGCCAAAUGGCUUUCCUCUGUUCUGCACCGUCCAGUUCCAAAGUUCUAGCGACCCUUGCAGUGUAUCAAAGGCUACUUUUGAAACCCAGGUUUAAGGAAUAAAGGGCACUUUAACUUUGUCUGUCCUGCUUGACUUAUCAUGCACUUUUCCUCCAUUAUGAAGCACUAUCUGAUCAGCUUGUUGCUGUUAAAAUGCAUGUAGGUCUACUUAUCUUUCUGGAGCCAAACAACUUCUCCAAACAACACUAACGUGACUGUGAAAAUCUCUCGCACCAAUGUAGCCUUCCCUUUCCUCUCCUUGCACAGUCAUUGGUUUCCAACAUUAAUAGCAACCUGAUGGAGUACUGCUCUGGAGAGCAAUGAGAAUCCAGUUACUUAAAGGAAGCCAGUUACUUUAAAGACCUUUCUGAGAAGUUCAACUACCAAAGUUGCUGGGUACUUUUUCAUUUAUGUCCUUGAUCCAUGCCCAUUUAUCGUCUUAUACAGUAUCUGAGAUUAGUAGUUUUCUAAAUGCUAUAGUCUAUGUGAGUCAAUGCAGUCAAAAUUUAAGACAUCAGCGGCAGUGUGUAGGUAGUUAGAGUAUUAACAGAUGCUAGCAAAAUGCAAAAAAUUGGCAAGCACAUUCCUAGAACAUUUCUAAAAUUCUGUCUUUAAUCAAUUGAGAUUCUUCUACCUUUAAAUACCAGUUUUGGGAAGAUUAUGGAAAUAUUCAAACCAAAACCUGAAAUGCAGAUGUCUACUGAUAAAUGUUUUGGUGUCUUGUUUGGGAAUGAAACUUACCUUCAGUACUGUAUGUAUGUCUGUGCUGUUGACAAUGUGCAAGUAUUCAAGAGAAUUAAAAUUCAAGCUUUUCUGUAUUGGCUUUCCACUGGGUAGUUGAUAGCUGUGAUUUAUCUGUAUAGAAUAAUGGGCGUAACCCCAUUAUGGUCAUACCCUGAUAUUCUUUGUUUAUCUGUGCUGGCCCCAUCUCCUGAAUUGUAAUGAAUACUGUUCUGGUGUGAUGUAAAUCUUUUUACGGUGGAAGUGUCUCUUUUUGAUGUAUGUAUAUUUAAAUGAAGCUGUAAUGAUGUAGUAAUCAUGCCAAUGACAGACUUCGUUGGGUACCUUUAUGGUGUGUCAUUAAAACCAUGAGCAAAACAUUGA